AUGAACACCACCACUGAGAAGAAGUUUGGCCCGACUGUGACACCACCAAAUCGUGAAACACGGGGCCCAGAGGAGAGGAUGAUCCAAACAGUGAGAGCACAUGCAGACGAUGCAAGCCUGAAAUUUGGGAAUCAGGGCUAUCGCAAUUUCAAAGAAGAUUUUGAAUUGCAAAGGUCAUCCCUCUUCAUAUGUUGUAGAGAGAGAGAAGAAAAAGCAGUCUCCAUCGCCCUAUGCUGCAGCUCCGCAUCCCCCCGCUGGAGACAGAAUCUCACAUCCUGGUCUCUAAUAACUUCGCCCGGAUCAGCCCCUGCACUCAAACCAAGAAUCGCCAUUGAAAUCAGGCUCCGCUUGCAAACAGCGACCCGAACCGAACACCACCACCGAGUUCAGACUCAGCCCCCAAUUCACGCCUGGGCCGGACAAAACCGACCACCAUCCACGGGCCGAACCUAUCAUCGUUCGCGGACUGAACAUAACCAACCGUCUGUGGCUCGAACAGAGCCAUCUGGCGACUGA